CCGAGUGACCAUUCUGAGUGUUGAUGUUGUGUUACAGGUGAGGGGAUGUAUGCUGAGGCCGUGCUUGAGGAGGGUGAGGGCGCCCAGGUGGUGGUGGAGGAGAUGGUGGAGGCCCCCAGCAGUGAGACGGUGUGUGUGGCUCUCUCCCACCGCCGCUCCCUCUUCCCCGGCGCCCCCGACAACGCCACUAUACCGGAGCUGCAGGUGGGAGUGAUGCCCCUGGGAGGGGAAGUGAAUCGCAUGCCAGUUUUGGGUGCCCCUGGAGUGUGGGAGAUGAGUCGUGUCACCCUGCGUAACGUGAAGACGCCCUUCCUCCUGGUGAUGACGGUGGGGCCCGCCACGGAACCCGCCACUGUCGCCCUGGACGCUUUUAUGGUUACUGACGGCGUUUGUUGCUUGUCCGGCAAGUGCUAGGACCAGCUGCUGCCACCACCACCACCAGUGACGCCUCGCUCGUACUAGGCACACUAAGUGCUGGUAGGGGGCCUCUGCCAACCUGUGGCUUUCUGUCCCGUAUGUGUGAGGUGCGUGGCGUCACAACUGAGUGUGAUGUGCAGACCACCACCACCACCAGCAGUAAUGCUUUUUGGAAUUUGUGGCGGAUAUAAGUAGAGCAUCACGCAACUUGAGUAGUUCUAGAGGUAUAAUUUUUUUGUAGUUGAGAAAAAUUUACUUCACGUUAUCCAGUAGAUAUAAGACGGAUGCUUUUGUAUCCACUGGCUUUUGCGAUGCUCAGCUUGGUGUUAAUAAGCUGUAGAUACUUGACCCCACAGCUGUCUCGGAGGGUCACACACACUGACACACACACAAACACAACCAUAACUUAUUUAAAACUAUAUUUUAUUAUCAGAAAAGUGUGGUAUCAAUACCCAGCCUUCGUGCCAGUUACUGAAGCACCCCAAUCUGACAGUGACGCGGCCCUCCGACAAUGCCACGUAUACAUGGCCUGGCACUGUGGUGUUAUGAGGUACGCUGGUGGUGGUAGACUGAUCUGACCCCCACACGCCAGGCCAGCCGAGGUUCUCAUGACAAUAACCUUCCCUCGGGCGUGUAGAGAAAUGUAUUUAGCUUUUAAUAGUGGUGAAGAAACUCAUCUCCUUUACCAGCCCUGGACCUCAGCCUGGUACUUCGUGUAUGUAUCUACGUGCGUGUGUGUGGGCCGCUGGUACCUGUCAAGGAAUUAGCGACCACACCACCACCACCACCACAAGCACAAAGUAAUCGUUGUAUGUGCGUGUGUGCGUCGUGAGGAUGAUCGUGUGUCCCAACUUGUGUAUGUGCGUGGAUGAGGUUCUGUUGACAGUAUUAUUUAUUUUUUUUACUACUUUAUACCAAUAAAGUUUCCUUCCAACUUUCAA